AUGUCACCAUCCGUCUCCAACACAGAAAUUCGUGAGGUCUCGUCGAAGCUACACCAGACUGCUUCGAUCAGUUUGGAGGCCCCUCAGCAUAUUGACAACGGAAGUGUUCUUAAUACGGACAUCGAUGGCACAGGCCCUGUGAGGCUCCACAAUGUGCCAACCUUCACAGAUAAGCAUGAGGAGCGUCAAUGGGCCAAGCAGCACAUGGCUGGCGCGUUUCGGAUAUUUGCCAAGCUUGGAUUUGCAGACGGUGCCUCUGGACACAUUAGCCUGCGCGAUCCGCUUUAUCUGACAACUUCCAUUGAAGACCCUUACGCAAUGCACUUCUCCAAGAUCCGAGCCAGUGAUCUUGUCCUGGUAAAUGAAGAAGGCCAGCCCGUUGAACCUACUCCUCACAAGGUAAAUGCGGCUGGCUUUAUCAUCCACUCAUCCAUUCACAAGGCAAGGCCUGAUAUCAAUGCUGCUUGCCAUGUCCAUGCCCCUCAAGGAAGAGCUUGGUCGACAUUCGGCAAGCCUAUCGAGAUGUUGAAUCAAGAUUCUUGCAUGUUUUAUGAUGAUCUUGCAGUUUAUGAGGGCUUCGGCGGUAUAGUGUUAGCGAAGGAAGAAGGACAGCGCCUUGCGGAAGCACUUGGCCCACGCAAGAAGAACGCCAUUCUUCAAAAUCAUGGCAUAAUUACAUGUGGGGAAACCAUGGGCGAGGCUGCCGCUUUUUUCAUCGCUCUUGAGAGGGCUUGUGCGAACCAGCUUCUGGUUGAAGCCGCGGCCGCCAAUGGCUUGAAGAAGAUCACAGUGGGUGACGAAGAAGCGGAAUAUACCAAGCGUUGCUCAGGAUCACCCGCCUGCAUGUACAUGCAAUUCUUGCCUGAAUAUAACGCGAUAGUCGAGGAAACCAAUGGCACUGUAUUGCAAUAG